AUGUACGGGGAAAUAGGGAACAAAUUGGUGCAACAUGCCAAACGCACACAGUCGCUGGCACAUCUGCCGCCCUAUCAGACGGAAAUGGUCCGAGCCGUAACGCGCGAAGUCCGGGAUUUGGACAAGGACGUCGCAGCGAUCCUCGAGCCUUUCGCGGGCUCGUUCAAUCCAUCCACCGAGCCUGCGACUGCCUGUGCGCUACUGGUCAAUCACUUGUGCAUGCGGCGGAACAAACGGUGUCUUCUUGCGUAUCACCGAGUGCGGUCGGAUAGAUUGGAGGAGAUGUGCUGGAAUGGCGUCGAUGUGCUCGAGAGGCAAUAUCAGCAGCAACAAAAUAGCAACAGGCCGGCCGGAGAAGGGGACGGCAGCUCAAGCAGCCUAAGCCCAGAGGAAGAGGAAUACGUCCGCCAAUAUAGCGAUUUGUUGGCCGCAUACAAGGGACAAUGGACGGACAUUGAUUUGACAGGCAGCCUGGAACCGCCCAAGGAUCUCUUUAUUGAUGUACGAGUGCUCAAAGACGCAGGAGAGAUACAAACAGAAUACGGCGCAAUUACCUUGACGAAGAACAGCCAGUUCUAUGUACGUCAAGGUGAUGUGGAACGGCUGAUCUCCCAGGGGUAUUUGCAGCGCCUGAGUUGA